AUGCGGGCCCCCGCCUCUUCGAUCGGGCGCUCGGGCGUGGCGGCGGCGGCGGAGGAGGAGGCGGGGAACGUGCGUCACGCACUCGCGGAGCGGAGGACCUGUGCGCGCGGCCUGCGGGGGGCCAGAAGCCGAUUCGAGGGUCUCCAAGGAGGAGAACUCGAACAGGGCGAGGGCAUCCACGAUGACAACGCGGCCGGUCGGCGAGCGCGGGGUGCGCUCGAGAAAUUUGCGGACAAGGCAGCCGGACGUGACGCCGAGCGAGCACGCGUACGUGCGCAUUGCGUGCGAUUCUGGAGCGACGGGCCCGCGUACGUGCCCCUCGCGCCGUGCUCCCAAUCCAAAGGCAAUCCUGCACGCCGGGCACGCGUUCGCGCGUCGUUUGGGGGCCCCGGCAAUCGGCGCGCGCGUCAUGGAGGAGGCUGCCAUCUGCGGUCACGGUCAUCGACGCGGAGCGGGGUCUCAGAGGGGCGCGUAACGGUAUGCAACGGCGUGGACGUCAGCCUCGUGGCACGUACGCCUGUGUGGAGGCUGCCACUGAACAAAAUGCGCCUGCAACGUGCCCCGGACGCGAAGAAAGAAAGAGACCGUGGACGCGGACGCGGCGGACGACGGAUCAUCGGGGCGUUCUCCUUUCGUGAUGCGCACGACAUCUGUCCCCUAGGCAUAAAGAGCGUUGAACCACCGACCCCAGACGGGGUGAUAUGCGCGUCGGUGUCACCCAAAGUAUCCAGCGCACGGAUCCCUCAUCACGGCCCCCGAUUCGCCAUACUUGAUCUUCACCUCGACGCGCCGGGACCGGACGCGGCAGGGGCGGGUGCGUGGGGCUGGUCGGUCGCGGCGAUCCCGGCGCGCGCGCCCGCGAAGGUUAAAGGCAGAUGCGUAAGUGGACGCCGCGCGCACGUCCUCACUGCACUCCGGGGCCACCGCUGCGGACGCACGUCCUCGGCGAUUGUCGCGAUCGGAGAUGGCUCCUCGUCCGUCCUCCGUCGCUCGUCGCGCCGAUCGUCCGGGAUCGGCGCGCGCGCAUUGGGCCGUGCGGACGUGAGGGAUGACGAGAGGGUGGCUGAGGUGUUUGCGCCAGUUGCGUACGUGUACCGCAGCGGGCACAGGGGUCUACCCCGGUGUGGGGAUCGAGCUCUAGAACUGGCUGCCAUGGAGCGCAUACGGACAGUGGCGGACACGGAGGGUCUUGUGUUGAAGGCGUGGUGUAUGGCGAGCAGAGAUAACCCGACUGUUGAACUGCUACGCAUCACGGAGCGCGCGGGGCCAUAA